ACAGGAAAAAUAAAAACACCUGCAGUGAAUGGCAAACUGGAGACGUAUUUUUGUUAUUGUUUAGCAAAAAUGGAUCAUCUACAUCGUCUGACAGAUCGCCAAUACUCUGAGGUCGAAGGCUUGUUGCUGCAGGCUAUGGAUAUGCCAAGUUCAGACCACGAAGAAAUCGAGUUGGAGCCAUGGCGGCUUAGCCGAUAUAAUGUUGCUAACUUGUAUGAAGGGCGACAACGGUGCUACACAAUGCCGCACGUCGUUACCCCGCCCCCACCAGCGCCGCCCUCCACGCCUACUCUGCUUACGGCCAACGGCAGCGGUAGCCCGCCCACCGCUAGCUUGGUGGCCGAUAAUCAAAUCAACCAUUUUAUCUAUGUGAAAAAUGGUAAGAACCUGCGUAGGGAAUCGCGCUGCAUAGAUUCGGAGUUGUCGAAGCUCUUCAACGUGGUCUCCAUAACCAAUCGUCUGGCAGCCGGCCACAGUGUUAGGAGUCGCCCACAUAAGCAGCUCGCGGAUCGCGGCAUAUUAAAUGCCUCGCGCACCAUAUCCAAGCUACAGGGGGCGACUAAAAUCUUCAAAAUCCACCGCGAUCCUAAGGAAUUCCUGCGCGAAACGGACGAGGAUUCGGUUUCGGCGCCCGAAUACGACGAGGAGGAGGAAGACACACGUUUUCGCUUCUUCAAACGAACAAGGCACUCGCGUCGUAACUCGUGCUCGCGCUUAGAGCGCAAACUAGCCCGAUUCGAGCACCAUGAGCGCAUGGAAACUAUUGUGGACAGCUUUGAUGCAGCCAUGAGUUUCAACGAUGCAGAUACCUGAGCAGCGAGCAGCACCACCGCAAUUGCAGGCAGGCAUGGACAGGUGGCAGAUGGUUCGCCGCUAAGUGCAAACCAAUGUGAUGAAUGUGAAUUUCAACUAAAUUAUUUUUAUUGCUACUACUAUUAUUACGAUUAUGAUUACCAAUUACCGAACUGUUCUCUCCA